CAGUCGGAGGAUCCAGCUGUCACUCAGCAGAGACCCCCGCUCAGCCAGUGUCAGGUUGUGUGUCUGUGUGUGUUUGUGGCACAUCGCGGAAUCCCCGCUCCCGAUAAAUACGAGCCCAAAGACCCCCCGCCGGAUGCAUGUGGACCUCCGGUGAUCAACAGAUCUGCAACUCCGCUGUCCGCUCCCCCCGCGAGCAAGACCGAGAUGCGGGACCCGACGGACGGAACCGGAGCGAACUGGCACGUGUGACACAUUCCGACCAGAUUCUCAGGCCCGUCUCACGAGACAUGGAGCAGCCGGCUCUUUGGUUCUAAUCCUCGAACUGUUCCUGGCAGCGGAGCAGCCUCAGUUUGUGCCAAAAUGACCAGACCUUUGUCUCGCGUCGCUGUAACGGAACGGGCCCGCUGGAAUUUUGGCACGGGUUUUACGCAGCAGACCACAUAGUGGAAUCGAGGCUCCUCCACCGAAGACAGGCUCGUGCUGCUGGCAUGGACAAAGAGAGCUCACGCAUCUCGUAGUGAUGCUCUGAGAUACGAACCAGGCAAAAGAAGAAGAAGAAAACGCACCAGUGAAACACGCCGCUGGUUCCUCCCGAACAAGUGGAGCUGAUCAUCAACGGCGGGAUUCAAGUUUGGACCUCACCGAGACCACAGCGACCCUUCCCUCCCAAAACACCAGGAUCUCCUUACAUCUUAAAGCAUCUUCACAGACUCGCACAGAGCGAGUCUGUGAACAGGUGAGAGAGGGACACUGUCUGCCCCACUGUCCAGCGACACCAUGAGCUGGAGCUUCCUCACGCGGCUGCUGGAGGAGAUCCACAACCACUCCACCUUCGUGGGGAAGCUGUGGCUCACCGUGCUCAUCGUCUUCCGCAUCGUUCUCACCGCCGUUGGGGGAGAAUCCAUCUACUACGAUGAGCAGAGCAAGUUUGUCUGCAACUCGGGCCAGCCGGGCUGCGAGAACGUCUGCUACGACGGCUUUGCCCCUCUGUCUCACGUACGAUUCUGGGUCUUCCAGAUCAUCUUGGUGGCGAUGCCCUCUCUCAUGUACAUGGGCUACGCCAUCAACAAGAUUGCUCGAUUAGAUGAAGCGAAGGGAGGAGGGGGAUCUGCUGCCGUCAGAACAGGAGGAGGGGGCUACACUCACAGGAAGCCCAGGAAAAUCUGCUUUGGAGCACGGCAGCACCGGGGUAUCGAGGAGGCCGAGGAGGACCAGGAGGAUGAUCCCAUGAUCUAUGAGGUGCCAGAGAUCGAGCCCCCUAAAAGGCCUCGGGAUCCAUUGCAACCCGCACCCAGACCUAAAAUCCGGCACGAUGGACGCAAACGCAUUCGAGACGAGGGUUUGAUGAGGGUCUAUGUUCUGCAGCUGGUGACCCGCACGGUGCUAGAGGCGGGCUUCCUUGCAGGCCAGUACUUGCUGUACGGAUUCCGUGUGAUGCCGGUGUUUGUGUGCUCGAGGGAACCUUGUCCUCACAGCGUUGACUGCUUUGUGUCGCGGCCUACAGAGAAGACCAUUUUCCUGCGUAUCAUGUAUGGCGUCACCGUCCUCUGCCUCACGCUCAAUGUUUGGGAGAUGCUCCAUUUGGGGAUUGGCUCCAUCUGUGACAUUCUUCGUCGUCGGCGCUGCCCACCUCCGGAGGACGAGUACCAGUUGGGUUUACUGGGCACCAACGGAGGUGUGGAGGGCUCUGUCGGGGUGGCAGGGCCCGAGGCAAGUUCUGAGGGAGGGGUGGGUGGAGAUGGGGCGGCUGAUUACGUGGGUUACCCCUUCUCGUGGAACACUCCAUCUGCUCCGCCUGGCUAUAACAUUGUGGUCAAACCUGAGCAGAUGCCCUACACAGACCUCAGCAACGCCAAAAUGGCGUGCAAGCAGAACCGGGCAAACAUUGCCCAAGAGGAGCAGCAGCAGUUUGGCAGCAAUGAGGAUAAUUUCCCCACUGGAGGGGAGGCCCGUGUGGCCCUGAACAAAGACAUGAUCCAGCAAGCUCACGAGCAACUGGAGGCGGCCAUCCAGGCGUACAGUCAGCAGCACCGAGCGGAGGAGCAGCUCGGGGACAACAAGGACGACAAGCCACAAAGCAACAUCAUCAAGGCCCAUCCUCAGCCACAGCCGCAGCCUCAGAAAGAGCGCAAGCAUAAAUUCAAACACAGCAAAGGUGGCAGCAGCGGAGGAGGCAGCAGCAGCAACAGCAGCAGCAGUAAAUCAGGAGAGGGAAAACCCUCCGUAUGGAUUUAACUCCAGAGUGACAUGUAUUAAACCGUGUGUAUAUAUAAUGAUAGAUGUUGGAUGAUGAGCUGUUGCAAUCUGUCUUGGAUAUUUAAACACCGCCAUGCCUUAAAGAAUCCUGCAAGCUGGAGAAGAUGUUUGUUUGUGCACUAAGGUGUGUAAAAAAAAAAAGAAGUGGUGUUGCAGCUGACAACUUGACAUGUCUGGGCGCUCACUGUGUAACUUGAAACAUCACACCAACACAAACUGUGUGAGGCUACAGUCUGUCGUUUACAUGUCUCAUUCUCCUUGAGUCCUAAAGCAGAUUUUUGACCUCUGUUGUCUCACGUUCAUCCUCUCCUAGGGAUUUGAGCUCCAAAAAAUUACGGUAAGAUUCUGAGGUCCCUUGCAAAUCAGAUUGAUCCCAGAUUCGGCUAAGCUCAUUUUCUUGCCGCUCUUCUGCAAAGACACUGAAUCCAUUAACACAUUGGCAUCCUAAUUCUUAGGAUGUGAAAAUGCAAUGACGUCAAUCAAGUGAAGCAUAAUUCAGUGUCAGAGCCGAAAGCGGCAACUUCCUAAUGCAGCGAGAACAUCACCUUCCUGAAGGCAGUGUCCUGUCCCGUCCGUCACGUUCUGUGUUCUGCUAUUGCUCCAGCGUCAAUCACAGUGUUUCGUUGCUGUGACUUUGUAUUUGACAGCAUGUUUCUAAAUGUCUCCCGAGUGUUUGGGUGUGUAAAUGUCUCCAGCUGCUGCUCAGGAACCUCUGAGUAAAGCAGGUGGCUCUUUAGCCAGUCUACAGAUGAACGUUUUAUAAAAAAAACAAAAAACAUUCUUUUCAACAAGGUGCAUAAGAAAUCCUGUUUUUAAUACCUUACUCUUGACGUUCUCAGUUUCCCUUUGAGCCUCUUCAGUGGCUAUUGAACAAGGCAGCUCUGCCUUGUAGUUGACUGCCCCCUGGUGGCUUCCUCUACAGGGUUUCCUAUAUUGCAGAGUAGAUAACCAGUCGCCAACGCUACCCAUCCAGCAACACUUUUACCAGCUGUAGCGUUUCCUUUUCUAUUGAGAAAGCCUUGUGUUGAUGAAGUCUUCCCAGCACCAUGGGUUCAGUGUUAGAUGCACAAGGCUGCAAUAUCACCACCUUGCAAUGGAAAAGGUACAAAGCCAUUUCUAUAGUAUAGUGAGACCAAACACUGUUUGUGUGAUGCAAGUGUCAGUGCCAAGAUUUUAGGCUGCUAUGAAGCCUGGUUGUUUGUAGCUUUGGAAUACUGUGGCCAUGCUACUCCAAUUGUGGAAAUAUGCCUACGUGAGACCAACCCUUUUGUAAAAGCCACUCAUUUUUUUGUAUUGCUGUGUGUGUAUCGCUUUUUGGAAUGGGAUUUAAAAAACAAAACUCCAAACUGGAGUUGGUUCUUAUUAUUUUGUAUGAAAACACUUCUUUUUCAAGGCUUUUUGUAAAUACAGGCAAAUACAAACAUUUUUUUUAUGAAUUAGUUGUAUGAAUAUUUAUGGUUGUUGUGUUUUAAAUUGCCUUCCAAUUGUAAAAAAUGUGAAAUAUGACAUAGUAUAUUUUUAUAAUAUGUCGGCUACAGUGACUUAAUGAUGUUGAAGAGAAAAAAAGGCCAGAAUCUUUCUUGUAUGUUGACGUAUCAGUAUUUAAUGUAUUUGGCAACCCUUCUGACUGUGUAUGUAAUAAACAGUGCUUCUUCUUUUCCAAUACUGUUCUGAGAUCUGCUGAACAACAGUGUGUGGAGACAAAGUGGCUGAUGGGAAAGGACAUGAAAAGGGCCAAGUAAUUGACACAGUCCCCAGCUUUGUCUCACGGAUGCUUUCCAAACAAGAUCUGAAAAGACGACACACAGUGUCACAUGUUUAUAUAUUAAAUCUUAUCCGGAAAAAAAAAGAUCAGUAUCUUUCUCUCAAGAGUGAACAAACCGCCAUUGUGAGGCUUUACACAGAGAUGUGGCUUCCUUCACAUAAGCAUGGGGUUUGAUUCUGAAAGUCAGUCUGGUGUUCACCACCAGGCACCACAUGUCUGCUGCACAAGCCCAGCCGGCAGCAGACAUAAAUCACCAGCAACCCUUCAGUCAGCAAAUCCCCACAGCAGUGAUUGACACUGGCUCCUCAGACGUCUGCUCGGAUCCCAAUAAGCCACUGGUGAUUUGCUGAUAGUUUCCCAGUCAGAGUCACACUCGUCCCUUGGAGGCCAGUCAGCCAUUAUUAACUCUUUCCCCAGGGAAUAAAGUUUUCCCAACUAAACUUUUGGAAGCCAAUCGUGAAGAUAUGAUGAGUGAUUGGUGAACAAGCGGCAUUUGAUUUGCAGCUGGAGCCACAGGAGGGCGACAUCUUUCAACACUUCAGACAGUCAGGAAGGGGAGUUUUGAGGAGCGGCCAUGUGGGAACUCAAAGACUCCAUCUGUUAAAAGUGUGCGUCUUCACUGUCAGUUUGGGCCUUACAUCUCCACAACUGUUGUACAUGAUGGGAAAGUCAGGGAUUCUGGCAGCUAUCCAGGUCUAAAGAAUUACCCUGUGGCACGAUGAUGUGUUUGUGUCUUUUCUCCAUUCAGAUCAAAAAAGACAGAGAGUUCACUGAACAGAUAUGGCUUUUAUUUAUACUUUUUACAAGGGUUUAUUCUCCUCUGCAUAUUGUUGCUGUCAUGUGACGUCCAACGUGUCACCAAAAUGUCACCGGGGCUUUUUAGAGAAACACAUGGACAACAAAUGCCUUGUCUGGCUUGAUACUGGUGGUUUGAUAGUCUUACAUUAAGUGUAAAUUCUGACCUUUGGGACAAUGCUUAAUGAUAAAUAAGGAUUUGGGCCUAUUAGGAAGGGAUUUUUUCUUAACACAUAUUAAGCUUCUAAUCCUUCAGGUUUACCAGUAAUUUACCCCUACAGGCACAUUCCUUGUAUUUGUGUUUACUCCUUUUAUUCUGUAAGGAUUUCCAGUCAACAACAGUACUGUAUAAUUAACUAGAACAGCACUCAGAACAGCAUAUAUGUCUGCUAAGGCAUAACAAUAACCUAACAGUCAAUCAAGCUGCACCAAAUUUCACUGAUAUAACAAUUUCCUAAAUGUGUUUUCCUUAAGUUCCAUGAAUUAUUGCCGUGGAAAUAUAUGAAAGUGAUGACAAAUGCCUGCAAUGUAAAGGAAAGGGGAAACAAAUCUUGGAUCUUCCCCAAAAUGUAACGGUUUAUUCCCUGAUCCAUCAAACAUCCUCCAAUGAAACAAAUGCACAGGGGUGAAAACCAAACCUCCGUGGCAGUGCGAACACUGGGCAGUAAUUUGAAAUAUUCUUUUGCAGAAGAUAUUAAAAAAGAUAUUGUAAGACAAAAGUCACCGACAUUUGAGAUGUGUUUCACUCGACAGACCCAGUAUGCAUUUGAGCGCCGACACCUUUGGGGACAUGUAUUCUUCAUAAGUACAGGUGUGAUGCCGCUGUUCACAGGUACAACAGUGUUGGAACACUAACAGCGGGAGAGACAAUUAUUCCCUUGUGGUUUAACGUAUUUGAACUCAGUCAGAGAAUUGAAAACUGGUCGUAUCACAGAUGAAAUGGGUCUAUUCAUCAGGGAUACCACUACGUCCACCCUCAGCGUCCGUGUGUCUCUGUAAAACAACGUCUGUGUUCAGAAAAGAGACUGUGCUCUUUCCCUUCAUGUUUCUUAUAUAGGUACCCAUGUGGGAUGUGUCAAUAAAACCAGUGUUAUUACCAGUACAAACUCCGAUUCAUACAUGCAUCUGUGUGUGUUUUGUGUGUAUUUUCUAAACCUUUUUGUAAAAAAGUUGACUUCCUCGAGUGGCAAAGACUUUUUUUUUUAUUCAUUUGAUUUGCAUGUGAAAAGACCUAUUUUCCUAGACAAAAAUGAAAUAAAUCAGAAAUACAUAUUGAA